CGAUCUAUUUAUUGGACUGUAAACACAGUAAACGAGAAAAGGAUAAUCAUUUUUAGAUCUAUGCUCUUUAUCAACCAAUACAUAUUUAGCCUAAUACUUUUAAUUUAAAAAAUGCAUUUCUUUGACAAGUUUUGUAUUUUAACAUUCUGGUGCUUUUUAACUUUUAGUAUUUUUAAAACUAUUGCAAAAGACAUGCAUGAACCAAAUUAUAAAAAAAUAAUGUAUGGUGGUGUUUGGAAACAAGUGACCCCUCAACCCUCAAUGCAAUAUGAUGAUGUAAUUCAAGCAAGCAAGCAUGCAGUACCUUAUAUCACAAAGAGGCAUCCUGGUGAACCUUCCCAAAAUUUUACCAUUAGAUGCCUCAGCAAGAUGGAUCUCUGGUACUCAAAGUCUGAAAAGUCUCCACUCACUGUAACCAUGAUGGUCACUGACAUUAAUGGUAAUAAACACCCAGUGUCUGUCCCUGUUACUUUUGGAAAAACUUACACUUUUCAAGUUAUCUUCAGUGGCAAUGAAUCAACCAUGUUUCAUUUUAUAACCCUAACAAAGACACCUGAUUCUGAUGUGUUUUAUGUGUAUUCUCACACAUUUCACAAUGCUGAUUGGUUACACCUUAACCAAAUGAGCCAUGGAUGCCUUAAUAGUACUUCAGAUAGACAGAGCAAGUUACACGUACUAUCUACUCUGGCAAAGCACAGGGAGAUGUGGUUUCCUUCAGCGGACGAAUGUGUUUUGUUGAAAACAGAUCUGAACAGUCCAACAGGUGAGAUUCAUUCAAGUUUGAAUAAAGAUGUGUCGCACGAUGACAAUAGCAAGGAGACAUUGAAUGUAAAGACAAGUAUUUCUGUGAUGAGUUACAAUAUAUGGAAUUUCAAUACAUAUCAUCAAAAAAGUGAAGAAUAUCCUCAAAGACUAAGUUCUAUUAUAAAGUUAUUACACAAGGCUAAGCCAGAUAUCAUUGGAUUUCAAGAAAUUCGUUUUGAAAAUCAUUUGGGGGAAAGUUUAGGCCCUAGUCAGAUGGAUCAUCUUGUAUUUAAAAUGCCAGAAUAUCAGUUUGUUUUUCAACCAGCACAAAUGCAUGGGAACAGCUUAGAGCAGGGUAGAACAGAGGAAGGUGUGGCAAUCUUCUCCAAAUUUCCAAUAAUACACCAUGAGUAUUUGCUUUUGUUCAGGAACCACAGCAACUCGGCAGACAAGAACCAGAGGGUGUGUUUACAUGCUGUAAUAGAAGUCCCCUAUUUUGGGAAGCUACACAUCUUUAACACUCACUUCUCCUUGAGUCAUGAAGCAAGAGAGGAAUCUGUAGCACAGAUACUACAGUAUAUGAAAAGAUAUGAGGAUGAGCCUGCUAUAUUUAUGGGUGACCUUAACGCCACACCAGAAGAAAAAGCAAUCAGAAUGUUGACAGACAAGACAGGACUGGUGGAUGUAUGGGAUAUAUUACACCCCAGUGAUGACGGGUUUACAUUCAGCAGCUUAGAGAAACCUUCAAAACGAAUAGAUUACAUCUUUAUGAAAAAGACAAACAUGUUGAAAGCUGAGGAAAUUAAAAUUCUUCCUGAUGAAAGAGGGCCAAAUGCUGCUUCAGACCACAGGGCACUAAUGGCUUCCUUCAAGCUUGCUACAGACUAAAAAUUUUGCAACAGGUUUUGAAAGCAUAUGUUUUUAUUGUUAAUUAGAAAAAAACCUUCUCUAUAAGAAAAAAUUUCUGUCUUAAUUUAUGUUGUGCAUUGAAUCUCAUUUAUGACUUAAAAUGUUUCUGUUGACACUGAAUAUUAUUUGCUCAGAAUUUACUUUAUAUUAAUCCUUAUGUAUUUUCCUGAUGUUAAACGUAAGACAAGUGCAUUUACUGAAUUUUUUUUUUUUUAAAUUCACCUCUUAAUUAUAAUUUAAAAAAAAAAAAAGAAAUUUGUUUUAUUAAUGCAGCCAUGUUACAAAGCCAUUUGCAAAUUCAGAAGAACAUUUUGAAAACCUUUUUAAAUUGUAAAAAUUUUAAUAUGGUGUAGUUUUUGCACAUGUAGCCAACAUUUGUUUGAAACACAUAAAGAAUUCUAAAAAUGCAUCUCUAACUGAUGGACGGCUAAGGCAUUUUGUGGGUUGUUGCAAUUUUUUUUUCUAAUUAUUUUCAUUUAUCAUUUAAAAAUGAACAAUAAUUAUUCUAGGGGGAUGUUUUGCAUCUUUAUAUAAUAAAGAAAUAAACUAUGCUAUUAAAUUUCUCAAAUGUAAAAAAAAAUUGAGCUAAUAUUGUACAACUUAUGUAAAAAAAAUGGACAGUUGUUUAACUUCAAAUUGCAUUUUUUAGUGUUAUAUUAACUUACAUAACAUAAUUUUUUACGCUUGUUAAUUUUAUUGUUAAAUAUCAAUUUUUUUUUUUUGUUUUUAAACUGUUGGUAAACAUUUAAAUCACUAUGAAUUGUACACCAUUUGAAUUGUUUGAUUGCUUUGUUUUUUUUUUUUAAAUAAGAUUAUUAUGCUGUUGUUUUUUGUUGUUUCUUUUGGUAAUACAACUGUGAUAUU